CCACCAAAGACCCAGCGCCUCGGCUAAACGCGAGUGCGCAUGCGCCCGCGCCCACCAGCUCUCCAAAAGGGGAGGCUGCACCAACGGAUAGGCCCACCGCUCUUCCAUUCAUUACCUCUCCCCUCUCAACUUUUUUCCUUUUUCCCUCUUUUUGUAUCCGCUCGAUACGGGACAAUGCGCAACGACCAACUUCUCCGGUCACCAGGAAUCGCCCUUAAAAAAAGACGUCCCUCCUGAUUCAAAAUUUCUCAAAGAAGAUGAAUUUGGCUGAGAUUUGUGAUAAUGCUAAAAAAGGAAGAGAAUACGCACUGCUUGGGAAUUACGACUCUUCAAUGGUUUAUUACCAGGGUGUCAUACAGCAAAUUCAACGACAUUGUCAGUCAAUCAGAGACCCAGCACUAAAGAGCAAAUGGCAACAGGUUCGUCAAGAAUUGCUGGAAGAAUAUGAGCAAGUAAAAAGCAUUGUCAACACUUUAGAGAGUUUUAAAAUAGACAGACCUACAGAUAUUCCUGUGUCUUAUCAAGAUGACCAUUUUAGGGAUCCAGCUGUCUGGCCACCACCUGUUCCAGCUGAGCACAGAGCUCCACCCCAGAUAAAACGUCCCAAUCGAGAAGUGAAGCCCUUGAGGAGAGAAUCGCCAGGAUUGCAGCGAGGACCUGUGGGCAGAGCUCAACCAAUAUCAAAAAAUGAAAAAUCUGCCAGCAGCCGAGAAAGGGAAUCUAAAGGAAAAGGAAAAGAUGAAAAGGGAAAGAAGAUCCCUCAGGAUGGUGCUGGUGAUAGUGAAAUUCAGAAAUUCGAUGGUGCAGGAUAUGACAAAGAUCUGGUUGAGGCACUUGAAAGAGACAUUGUGUCCAGAAAUCUAAGUAUUCACUGGGAUGAUAUAGCUGAUUUGGAAGAAGCCAAAAAGUUAUUAAGGGAAGCAGUUGUUCUUCCGAUGUGGAUGCCGGAUUUUUUCAAAGGGAUCAGGCGACCUUGGAAGGGAGUGCUGAUGGUUGGCCCUCCUGGCACCGGGAAAACCAUGUUAGCAAAGGCUGUUGCUACAGAAUGUGGAACAACUUUCUUCAACGUAUCUUCAUCCACCCUGACGUCAAAGUACCGAGGCGAGUCUGAAAAAUUAGUCCGCUUGUUGUUUGAGAUGGCUAGAUUUUAUGCACCUACAACCAUUUUUAUUGAUGAAAUCGACUCUAUAUGUAGUCGCAGAGGCACUUCUGACGAACAUGAAGCAAGCCGUAGAGUCAAGUCUGAGCUGCUUGUUCAGAUGGAUGGAGUAGGAGGCGCUCUUGAGAAUGAUGACCCUUCAAGGAUGGUGAUGGUUUUAGCUGCUACAAAUUUUCCAUGGGAUAUUGAUGAAGCGUUGAGACGGAGACUAGAGAAAAGGAUUUAUAUCCCAUUGCCAACAGCAAAAGGCAGAGCAGAGCUUCUUAAGAUAAAUCUUCGGGAAGUAGAACUGGAUCCAGACAUCAGACUGGAAGAAAUUGCUGAGAAAAUUGAGGGCUACUCUGGUGCUGAUAUCACUAAUGUUUGCAGGGAUGCCUCUUUGAUGGCCAUGAGGCGGCGCAUUAAUGGCUUAUCCCCAGAAGAGAUUCGUGCUCUAUCUAAAGAAGAGCUGCUGAUGCCUGUUACCAAGGGAGACUUUGAGCUGGCUCUGAAGAAAAUCUCCAAGUCUGUGUCAGCUGCAGACCUGGAGAAAUAUGAGAAGUGGAUGUCAGAAUUUGGAUCUGCUUAACCUCAGAGACAUCUCUUUACAAGAGAUUUUAGCAUUUCAAUUACAAAACAUUGUAAAGACUUAGAAAACUUUUAAGGCUUGAGUUUUUUUCCUAUGGACAAGCUUCCCCUCCCCUCAUUUUGUUGCACUUUAAAGGGAACAAAAAGAAAUGUUAACACAGUGAGACCAUAACAUUUUUUAGACAAAUGCUAAAACAGUUAACAUAGAAAGUUGAGUUGUCUGCACUUGCGAAUGGCAUUGUCCUGAUUUUCAUAAUAUGAGUGUGUGUUUUUUCAAGACUUUUACCUGGCAAUCAGUUAUAACCUUUUGCGAGAAAUAUUUAACAAAAAUUAUGGCCUAAGUGUUGGGCCACAUUGUUGGCUAUUUAAAUAAGCCUCCUUGAGGGUAGCACUGAAUCUUUUAUUCUUUGUGUCUGCUUUUCUCCCUCAUUUGAAGAGAUUAUCAGUAUAAACCAAUGAACAUGCUAAAAGUCACUUUGCACCAGUUUUGCUGUUAUGGUUAUACUGGUAUUUGCUGUGAUUCUGCUAAUCAUGCACAAUGUGAUGGGGAGACUCAUGUUUCUAAACAUGCCGUGUGUACUUGUGGUGCAUCAGAGGGAGUUUUGGGGGGCAUUUUUUGUUCCUCAACGUGAAUACUUUUUUCUUCUACCCUUUCACCUGUUGUCACAGUCAUCAUCAGUGUAAGGGCAACAUACUGAGUAUAAAGAGGAAAGCAGACCGUAAAGGGAGUUCCUAUUCCAUCACAUUCAUGAGACUGGGAAUCUCAAAUCCCAAGUUUUACUCUUGUUUCUGUUUUAAACUCUUAUAAAUCUACUAUUUACUCUCUAUACUGUAAGCAAGGUAUACCGAAAUAUAACAGCCAAACAAAGGCCGUAAACACUACAGAUGUUACCGUGAUUUAAUUUCCAAGCGCUGCUAAAACCAACUGAUAUACAUCUUGCACUGUUUCAUCCAAUUGUCUAUGUUUUUAGACCACUGGGAUUUGGAAAUCUUUGACUUUUCAGAUGUUUUGGACUUCAGCUCCCAGAAGCCACGCCUAUUACGACCAGAAGUAAGGGAUAAUGGGAGUUGUGCUCAAAACUCUUGGAAGACAGAAGGGUUCCACAUCCAUUUUAGACUAACAUUUUUCUAAUUUAUGUUUUAUUAAAAUUAGUUGCAAAUAGGACAUUGAAGUGGAAUCCAGUGAAAUCAACUUACAGAGCUGUCUGUCCUUGAAAUCCAGGAAUACACUCUUACCAUGCUUCUUAUAUUUCUGGUGUUUUCUAAACAUGCCACCCCUCUUUUAAAGUAGUUUCUUCAAAUAUGAAGUUCCAAACGCUAAUUUUUGUAGGCCUUUCCACUGACAAAGAAUUCAGUGAAAUGGUGAUAUAGGCCUGUUCUGAUAAUUUGCAUAGUUCACUUCCUAGAAUAGAUCCUCUGUGUCUCCAGGUAUGAUGGGAUUCGUUUUCCAAGUUAUUUGUGUAUUUACAUUGGAGAAGGAUGUAGCAUCAGAAAGUCCUGAUUUUGAAUUUGUUCUAGAAAAAUUGCAAUCUUUGUACUUGAAUGAAAUAUGCCUGAUGUUACAUUACUCAGAUCACUGCACCUUGACAGGGAAUUAUAUAAAGUGAUUAAUAAGCAUUCCUAAGCCAUCAUUUCAUUUGUUGGCUAGUUGCUUUAAAAUACUUUUUUCCUCAGAAAGGCUGUCCUUUCAGACAUUCCUCGGGAGAAGAACUUUUCAAAUAUCAAGCAUGCUGGUCUUGCAUUUCUGAUGUGGCAAACUGCAUGGAGAGUGUAAUGAUCCAUUUCAUUGAUCUUUAGCAUUUUCGCUAAACUGCAUAGAGACCUGCAUAGGGAAAUUGGCAUCCCAACUCUAGAAUGUUACCCUCCCUGAUAAAGGUCAAGACCUAGAAAAAUCUGGAGGGAAAACUUGCAUUCGCUGGUCUUCUUGAACUUACCUCCCACACUGCUAAAUCUAUUUACAUGGGGGUGAGCUUCUUUCUCAGCAGGGCAUUAGUUUAAUUUCAUCCAAAAUUGCCAAGCUGCUGUGGCUCAGUCAGCAUAUGCAUUACAAGGGCUUCAUGUCUUGUCAUAACCAACUCAUUUCUUGUCAUAACGAACUUUAUGUUUGCUGGCCAGGAGUAGAGAUUUGAUAGGAGAGUGACAUCAGUAUUUAUGUGACCAAAUCCCAAAUAUGGCCAGAUAUUUAGGUUGGGUUUGCAACACUUCUUUUCAUAUUCUUUAACAAAUUAUUGUUUUAUAUAGAAGGUAUCGUACGUAAAUACUGUGAAUGGCAUAUUGUGUUCAUGUCCAAGAAAAGGCAGCUCUAUUGUUCAUAGAAGGAAUCAUAAUAAAUAUAUUAAUGACAA